AUGCCCAAGUCUUCAAUUGCUGGUAAUCCCAGGAGGGCUGGUGAAGUUGAAAGGCGACGGAGGCUGAAGUCCCGGUGUACCGACGUGAAUGAAGUUGAGCUGAGAAGGUCCCCAGCCCAACGCAAGGACAUUCUCGCACUACUGCACGAAGGACAUCAAGGUGUCCGCCGCUGUCAAGUGCGCGCCCGCGAGUGCGUUUGGUGGCCCCAUUGCAGCCAGCAUAUUGAGGACCUUGUGGCUCAAUGUGCUAAGUGUGCUGAGACGCGAACCUUGCGUUCUGAGCCACUGUCACCAACGCCAACACCGGAACGACCAUGGCAACGCCUGGGAAUCGACUUGUUCCACCUGGAAGGACGCGACUACGUCCUCAUUGUCGACUACUACUCCCGAUUUCCAGAAAUAGUCACACUGGGAACUUCAUCAGCAAAAGCGGUUGUUGCUGCGGUCAAGAGUUGUUUUGCCCGUUUUGGGAUACCAGACGUUGUGCGGACGGACAAUGGACCUCAAUUCUCGUCCAAGGAGUUCGCCGACUUUGCAACGGCGUAUCGAUUCUGCCACGAGACCAGCAGCCCUCGAUACCCUCAGAGUAACGGAGAGGUAGAGCGCAUGGUGCGUACCGUGAAAGAUUUGCUGAAGAAAAGCCCGGAUCCGUACCUCGCUCUACUCGCAUACCGAGACACACCUGGAGUUUCGGGCGUCUCUCCAGCUCAGUUACUCAUGGGAAGGAGACUACAAACUCGUCUUCCGGUUCUGCCUGAACGACUUCUUCCGGCCUUACCCAAUCACGAGGAAUUUCAAGCACAGGAUACUGCGGCGAAGUUGAAACAGGCGAAGGACUACAAUAGCCGUCACAGUACUACUCCUCUGAUUUCUCUCAGUAUGGGGGAGGAUGUGUGGAUAAAGGAUUUAGGUUGCAGCGGUCGUGUCCUCAGCCCAGCUCAGCGACCAAGGUCAUAUGUGGUCGAGACUCAAAGUGGUGUUGUCCAGAGGAACCGUUGCCAUCUGGUGCCGUUUGUAGAUGACCAAAAUGUCCAACAGCAAGCAUCAAUGGCUUCAUCACCGACGCAUGGAACCUUGUCAUCAAAUCCGCCAAGAGACUCAGCCUCGACCUCAGCGUCGGAAUCAUUGUCUCCAAGUGCUUCAAGUGCUUCGUGCGCAUCACCUGUGCCGCCUGUGAAGAUGCCUCCCUCGCCUGAAGUGCAGACGCUACCUGUGCAAGCAAGUGCGCCUCAGUGUGAUGAACCUAAGCGUACGCGUUCUGGCCGUGCCGUGAAACCGCCGCGCAGGUUGAACAUGUAA